AUGUUUCACUUUCCAGACGGUGAAGCGACAGUGACUUUGGAAGAUGUGGAGGUCUUAUGGGGCCUCAAAGUUGACGGGGAUGCUGUGACGGGUUACAUUCCCACUAAAGAUGUCAGCUAUUGGAUGCAACUGUCUUUGGAUUAUCUUGGAUUUGUACCAGAUACAGUUGAGCUGAAAGAAAUGGUUUGGAAGCAGACAAGCUUAUCCAAUCAACUGAGGAUUGAGUUGAGUGAUGAACAAGACCAGUACAUAUAUGUUCAACGUGCUCGUGUUUAUUGUCUGUUGUUACUUGGUGGUCUAAUGAUCCCGAACGCCUCCGGAAAUAAAAUUCAAUUCUUCUACUUGCAAUUUUUCAUGGAUGUAGAGCGAUGUGCUAGCUAUAGCUGGGGUGGUGCGACUCUUGCUUGCUUGUACCACAAUUUAUGUGAAGCUGCUCUUGCUAGGAGGAGCAAUGUCGGGGGAGCGUGUACUUUGUUAUAG